GCGGAUCGUAGCCUUCUCGCCGCUGAGGAGUUGCGGCCGCCGAGUAAGGCAAGCGGGGUCGACGUGCAAUGGCCGAUGCCUCCGGGAGUCCGCCGCGCAUUCUCUGCCUCUUUGACGUGGACGGGACCCUUACCCCGGCUCGGCAGAAAAUUGAGCCUGAAAUAGCAGAAUUUCUUCAAGAGUUGCGUAAAAGAGUGAUGAUUGGGGUGGUUGGAGGCUCAGACUACUCCAAAAUAGCAGAACAGCUUGGAGAAGGGGAUGAAGUCAUAAACAAGUUUGAUUACGUCUUUGCAGAAAAUGGCACUGUGCAAUACAAGAAUGGGCAACUAGUCUCAAAGCAGGCUAUCCAGAACCAUCUUGGAGAGGAACUUUUGCAAGAGCUGAUCAACUUCUGCCUUAAUUACAUGGCUCUUCUAAAGUUGCCCAAGAAACGGGGAACAUUCAUAGAAUUUCGCAAUGGAAUGUUGAACGUCUCUCCCAUUGGUCGAAGCUGCAGCUUGGAAGAACGAAUAGAAUUUUCUGAACUGGACAAGAAAGAAAAGAUACGAGAGAAAUUUGUAGCAGCUCUGCAGAGGGAGUUUGCGGGCAAGGGACUGCGAUUUUCCCGAGGUGGUAUGAUUAGUUUUGACGUUUUUCCGGAGGGCUGGGACAAACGCUAUUGCCUCAACAUCCUUGAGGAUGAGAAAUUUGAUGUCAUACAUUUCUUUGGAAAUGAGACGACCCCUGGUGGGAAUGAUUAUGAAAUCUUUGAUGAUCCUCGGACAGUAGGACAUAGUAUCCACUCUCCCCAGGACACAGUUCGGCGAUGUCGAGAGAUAUUCUUUUCAGAGACAAUGAACAGAUCUUGACUCUUGGAUCUUCUGCUGCUAUUCUUCUUGUUCACUUCAUAAAAGCACCUUUUGAAUUAUAAUCAAGGCUUGCUGAAGCCCAAGGUUGAAAUGCACUUUGGAAAUGGAGGUGAAGUGUGAAAAGGGAAAGAGAGUUAAAGUGCCAUCACCAGUUUGUAGUAGUAA